AUGAUGGACAGCUCAGUCGCCAUCCAACGCUCUACUGCUGAAGGAGACAAGAGCCCAGAGAAAUGUUUCCCUUUCCUCCUUCUCCCUGCCGAGAUGCGCAACAAGAUUUACCGAUACUCCCUUGUCCAAUCAAAGCUCAGCGGAAGCAUCUGUGGCUUCGUCCAGCCUCCCCUCACCCGUACGAACAAGCAAAUACGCUCGGAGGCUUUGCCGAUCUAUUAUGGAGAGAACGCGUUCUACCUGCGUAUCCCAUACCCUUCUCCCAACAGCAGACAGCACUGGGCCGACUUUAUCAGGAUGUUCAGGGUGUUCAGCGCUGGAGGACCAGAGGGCCGUGGGAGCGGCAGCCUGCGAUUUGUCCUCGAGAAAUUUGGAGACGAGUACUAUUUCAAAGACAAGGAAGGCACCGCCUGGCACCAUUGGGACUCAGUCUACGAACUCGUUGGGACUAUGCUGCACGAGCAGGGGCGCCCAUGGUCUACUAUGGAACACGAAUCUGUCCAUUGCUUUAUCAGCACCAUCAUUAUGGUUGCAAGAGAGUGUCCGGGUAUCUCGAAGGGCGUUAUCAUGAUGGCGGAAGGAGACCCAGAGCCAGACUUGGGAGAUUUGGGAUGGUGA